GCCUGCAAGAGGAAAUGGAAUACAGUCUGUUAGCGUACAACCUCUCACUCUUACAUUAUUUCUACCCUCUACAUGGCACCCUGCUUGACAUUACCCUCCCCCGUCUAUAUAUACCACACACAUGACCUCUCAGUCCCUAAACCCUCAAAGCUCCUUUUCUUUCGCAACCAUGAAAGCCUACCUCUUCUCUCUAGCUUUUCUCUUCUGUUCCUUGGCCCAAGGGCUCAGCACCGAAGGCCUAGGCACAACCGUCAAGGUCUUCCAUGUCUACAGCUCACAGUCCCCGUUUAGGCCCUCAAAGCCAAUAUCAUGGGAAGAGAGUGUGCUCCAAAUGAUGGCCAAAGAUCAAGCUAGGCUUCAAUUCUUGUCAAGCUUAGUGGCCAGGAAAUCUGUGGUGCCGAUUGCUUCAGGCAGGGGGGUUAUUCAGAGCCCAUCUUACAUUGUUAAGGCUAAGGUUGGGACCCCACCUCAGACAUUGCUCAUGGCUUUAGAUAAUAGCUACGAUGCUGCUUGGAUUCCUUGCAAAGGCUGUGUUGGGUGUUCCUCUACUGUGUUUAACACUCUGAAGUCCACUACCUUCAAAACCCUUGGUUGUAGAGCUCCUCAAUGCAAGCAGGUAACAAACCCCAUCUGCGGUGGCAGCACAUGCACAUGGAACACUACCUAUGGCAGCUCCACCAUUUUAUCAAACCUCACACAAGACAGAAUUGCUCUAUCCAUGGAUCCUGUCCCUAACUACGCCUUCGGUUGCAUCCAAAAAGCCACAGGGAACUCAGUACCACCUCAGGGACUUUUGGGCUUCGGGAGAGGUCCGUUGUCGUUUUUGUCUCAAACCCAAAACCUAUACAAAUCCACAUUCUCGUACUGCUUACCGAGCUUUAGGACUCUCAACUUUUCUGGGUCAUUGAGGCUCGGACCAGUCGGUCAGCCCCGGAGGAUCAAGACCACUCUGCUGCUCAAGAACCCAAGGAGAUCAUCAUUAUACUAUGUGAAAUUGAAUGGAAUUAGGGUUGGCAGAAAGAUUGUUGAUAUUCCUCGUAGUGCUCUGGCAUUCAAUCCAACAACUGGUGCUGGGACCAUCUUUGAUUCAGGCACUGUUUUCACCAGACUGGUUGCCCCGGCUUACAUUGCGGUCCGCAAUGAGUUCAGGAAGCGAGUUGGCAAUGCAACAGUGUCAUCCCUAGGCGGGUUCGACACAUGUUACUCAGUACCCAUUGUAGCACCCACCAUAACAUUCAUGUUCUCAGGCAUGAACGUAACAAUGCCACGAGAAAACCUGCUAAUCCACAGCACUGCUGGGGUCACCUCUUGCUUGGCCAUGGCUGCUGCCCCUGAUAAUGUGAAUUCGGUGCUGAACGUAAUAGCCAGCAUGCAGCAACAAAACCACAGGAUUCUUUUCGAUGUGCCCCGUUCAAGGCUUGGUGUGGCUCGUGAGCAAUGUUCUUGAUUUUGGUAGCUUUUCUUUCUCGUUCUUGGGGUUAAUUCCAAGUCUUGCUUGGUGGGAUAUUUGGACACUAUUUAGGACUUGUCACUAACUUAAGAAAAGGUGAAAGGUAAGGUAGCAUGAGACAAAAUUGAUGUUAUUU